AUACACCCUCAUUCGCAGAGGGCUCCCACAGACACACACAUAUACACACACACACACAUAUGCUCUCACAUACACACUCACAGCUGUUGAUACUUCUAUCCCUCUCUGAUGAACGCUGGGGCAGCCGAGGAGCAGAGCCCACAGGAAUCUGGGAGAAUCUGCUGUCUGCUGGCAGCGCGACCAAAAAGCAUCUAUAUGGAAAAUCUGGACAGACAAGUGAACCAACUGGUUUUCUGAUCGCAGCCUGGCUCUCACUUUCUGUCGUUCAUAUCCCGCUCUUUCUCUCUCUCGUCUUCCCCGGCUUCUCUCUGGGACCCAGUGUUGGAAUUUGAGCACAGACAGCGAGCAACAGAGAAAAAUAGAGACAUGUGUUUUGCCUCUGCCGCCUACUACGACUGCCUGUUCUCUCCCAUUCACUGACCGAGGAGGAAAUAGAAGGUGAAAGGUAAGAGCGGCAACCAUAGAGCGAGUGAGUGAGGCGAAGCAGGCAUGAGUGCGGACAGCCAUCAGGAGGUGGUAACUACCCCUCCCCCGCCCAGUGGAGGCACUAAGGAGCGCUACUUCGACCGGGUCAACGUCAACGAUCCGGAGUACAUCAGGGCCAGGAACAUGUCACCUGACCUCCGGCAGGACUUCAAUGUUCUGGAGCAGAAGAAACGUGUCACACAGAUCUUACAGAGCCCCGCCUUCAAGGAGGAGUUGGAGAGCCUGAUCCAGGAGCAGCAGCGCAAGGGGAACAACCCCACUGGCCUACUGGCCCUCAGACAGAUCGCUGACUUCUUCAUGGCCAGCUCAGUGGCAGGCUUCAACACCUCCCCCCUCAGUCUGGGGAUGGUCACUCCCAUCAACGAUAUGUACGGAGUGGAAACCACCACGAUGGUGAAAGGCGAGAAGCUGACGCGCUGUAAACUGGCCAGCCUUUACAGACUGGUGGACCUGUUCAGCUGGGCCCACUUCGCCAAUUCCUACAUCACAGCUCGAGUCAGUAAGGAGCAAGACCACAUCCUUAUCAUCCCCAGAGGACUGUCAUUCGCUGAGGCGUCUGCAUCAAACCUGGUGAAGGUCAACAUCAUCGGGGAGGUGAUCGAACAGGGCUCCACCAACCUGAGGAUUGACCCUGCAGGUUUCAGCCCCCACGCUGCAAUCUACUCCAUGCGUCCAGACAUCCGCUGCAUCAUACAUGUGCACACUCCUGCCACGGCUGCUGUGUCAUCAAUGAAGUGUGGCAUCCUGCCCAUUUCCCAGGAGGCCUUGAUCCUGGGUGAUAUUGCCUACUACAACUACCAGGGCAGCCUGGAUGACCAGGAAGAGCGCAGAGAGCUGCAGAAGGCCCUGGGACCUACGACAAAGGUUUUGGUGCUGAGGAAUCAUGGCGUGGUUGCUCUCGGGGAGACCAUCGAAGAGGCCUUUCACUACAUAUACAAUGCCCAGUAUGCCUGCGAAAUCCAGGUGAAUGCCAUCUCGUGUGCCGGUGGCGUGGACAACUUGAUAGUGCUGGACCAGGAGAAGUAUAAAUCACGAGUGUUCGCCGUGGCCACAGCCGCUGCUGUCAACAUGGGUGGCCAGUACAAGUGGAAGGUUGGCGAGCUGGAGUUUGAGUCUCUGAUGAGGAUGCUGGAUAACCUGGGCUACAGGACAGGUCACACUUACAGGCACCCUAUCGUGCGAGAGAAGCCGAGGCACAAGAGUGACGUGGAGAUCCCCGCCACGGUCUCUGCAUUUAUGUUCGAGGAGGAAGGGGACGGAGGUGCCACACGUCUGCCCUUCAAGUUCCUGCAGCAGCGGCAGCAGAGGGAGAAGACGCGCUGGCUCAACUCGCCCAACAGCUACACCAAGGUCAGCGUAGAGGGCGGAGAGGAGCGCUACAACAGCCGGACAACCACGUGGAUGAAGGCGGAGGAGACGGGAACCCCGAUCCGGAUUGAGGACCCCAAUCAGUUUGUCCCUCUCAACACAAACCCCAGUGAGGUGCUGGAGAAGAGGAACAAAAUCAGAGAGCAGAACCGGUUUGAUGUGAUGACGUCGGGGCCACGCUCUCAGCACCUCGCAGGCAUCCCUGUUGAUCCACCUCGACGGCCAUACGUGCCCACAGAGGAGGAGCAGAUGGCUCCCCUGCCUCCCAACCCCUUCAGUGAGCUGUUAGAGAAGGACAAGGAGGAGUACCGCAAGAACAUGGAGAGGAGGCAACUGGGCCUCAGUGAUGGAGAGCACGAGCUAACCUCCGACGACGGCUCCACUCUCUCUCAGUCUCUGUCUCUCACCCAGUCCCCGCAAAGCACUCCAGCUAAAGAAGAGAACCACACGGGCCUGAUGAACGGCAAAGACAACCACGGCAACGUGGACGAGGAGCUGUCCAAGCGCGUCAGCCAGCUGACCACCAGCGUGGAGAGCGUGGAGAUCACGGUGCGCUCCAGCGAGAAGAUCGAGGAGGCACUCUCCCCCGAGAGCUCGCCCUCCAAGUCGCCCAACACUAAGAAAAAGAAGAAGUUCCGCACCCCGUCCUUCCUGAAGAAGAACAAAAAGAAAGAGAAGACAGAGGCUUGAGAGCAGGCAGGCAGCAGGGGCAAGGCAUGCAGGAAGACCGUCUGCGCAGAAGAAGAAAGAGUGGCGGCAGCCACCUUUUCUGUUUAAUGUCUGUGUUUUUAUUUUGUCUCUCUUUUCAAUGCCCUUUUUUGUUUUGUUUUAAUUUUAUUUGAAUUUUUUUAACAAAAGUUUUUAUGUACAAAUGGCAGAAGAACAGAUAGCAUAAAAAAUGAAUUGGUUUGUAACACAAAAAAUGUCUCUCCUUCUGCAAAAGAACGGGAUGGGUAUGUGGGUCCACAAUUAAAAGUCUCUGCAGAUGUAGGCUGACCUAGGUAGGUGUUGGGUGUCUAUAUGCCAGAUACAGCUGUGCAGUACUCUAACAGGGCUCCUCGGAAGCAUGAAAGUGUCAUGUGAGGCCAUUUAGAUCCUGAAUAACUGGCUCCUCCUGUGUUGUUUCCCAGGCUGAAAACAGAACUUGAAACCACUUUGAGUAUUUCCUCUCAAAAUCCAGUUUUAUUAAAUGAUUGGAUUGCAACACGAGUGUUGUAAAGCUGCACAAGUUGAAGCGAAACCUUUUUUCUCUCUGUCAAGUCUCCCUCAGGCUUUCCAAGUUUUGUUUUUUCGUUCUGGUCUGCAUAGGGAACUGAGAGGCCACAUGAAAUUUGAAGUCACACUGGAAAACUGGUCUCAGAAAAACAGCCACAGGGUUUGUGUUGAUUUAUUUGCUGUGAGAGAAGUUUUCUCUCUGCCUCUCACACUCUUCAAGUUUCUCUAAGUACAGGCUUCUGAUACAAACCUUCUCUUCAGCUGAUUGUGGUUGAACUACAGAUGAGUUAAAGGGUUAAUGGACUGGACGAGAUAGCGAGGAUGAAAGCUGUUGGUCCAUCACAACUAAGUUGACGUUAUCUCAAAGAGUCACUGACUCACUCAGAAUAUUUAUGUAGCAUUUUAAUAUCUUCUCCUCUUCAUCUCAAUUGGUUUUUUCGCCAAACUAAAUGGAAGAAAAGAAGAAACAAUCUCAUUUUAGUAUGUCGUCACUGUUUGUGUCUAGUUUGUCAUCUCAUGAAAUUUUAUCUUUUUUUUUAUUGAACACAAAUUUGGUAUUAGUCAACUCUGUUUUGUACUCAUUUGUAAGCUUUUACAGAGAAUACAGAUGUUACGCAUGUUUUCUCUUUUUGCAAGAACUGAAUUUAUAUGGCUGACUAUGUUCUGUAGUGAUGCCUGAUUGCUCAAAUUAUAUUCUAAUCUACAGAGUACACAAAUUUACUAUAUAACACAGAUAUAUGAAAACUGGAUAUGUUGGCUAUAGAUUUUUAACUAUAUAUUUUUUAUUUUAUUGUGCUGCACUUUUCUUGUGGUAUAUAACACAUUUUAGUUGCAGGUGGUUACACCAGUGAAGGAGAUUGUGAAGUAUAUGGUAAAAGUUGUGCAAGUAGAAAGCAAGGCAUGGCGUUGUGGAGAAAGGUCAGGACCCAGAAAGUGAGUCGAAUGAAGAAAGGAAGAAUAAUCUUUCAUUGGUGUCACACAUGAGAAAUGAUCUCUACUUCUCAACUCAACAAAAAUUUUUAAAACAGGAAGUGUAGUGCUGAUACAUACAUGUCGAACUAUCUGCAGUCGCCAGCUGAAAUGAGAAUCACGGCUCGUGGAGUGUGGAGCGGUGACAUCUUUUGUUUGGUGUGUUUGUGUGUGUGUGUUUUUAAAGCCAUAUUGUAAUUUUUUUUUCCUCCAUUGUUUUUAAUGAUGAGACAAGGGUUGCGAUUCUCGUCUGCCUGCUAGGCCGUCAAGGACCCUAACAGGACCUCUGUUAAAUCACCCCAGUGACUGCAUUGACACCCUCAGGCCCCCAAAAACUCAACUUUAUUUUAUUUUUAUUUUUUUCUCCGUAGCUACAUCCACAGCAGCUACACUUCCUCACUUAAUUUGCCAUUUAUUUCCUUCUGAAACUGGAACAUUAUAAGGAGGUCAUAUGGACAUUUUAUUUUUAUUUGAUCGCUCUGCGAGCCCGGUCAUCAUUUCAGCUUCUAAAGCCUCCCCUCAUGUAAUUUCUCUAGUAAACGCGAUCGUGUUGUAACUGUCAGAUGACCCACAGUUGAACUCUGCAAAGCCAAAGUGUGAUGGGUUGCCACAUAUCCUCCCCCCGCAGUUUAACCAGAUGUACCAAUAUCCCAGCUAGCAAUGUGAAGUAUUGGAUUUGGAGGGAGGGAGGGCGGGUUUGGGGACACAUCUUUAGCUGUGUUAAACGAUACCUUUUGGCUUUGGGCAAAGAGCCGAGGUCACACAACUGAAAGAUGGAGAAAAGAGGUGUGAGUUUGGAAAUGGAAGUGCAUAUGUGUGUGUAGUCGAGAGGGGCAGGGGGUAAGGACAACCUGACACUAACGCACCAUGUUUUUAUCACUCAGACUGUCUUUUUUCUUUCAUACCAUCUCUCCUGGAAAGUUCUAUUUUUUUCAUCCUCCAUUUGUAUCGCAGUACGCUUUCUCUUUUCUUUUAGUUUGCAGAGAGCACUAGGCUUUUUUUAUUAACCAUUUCAAGAGCAUACAUUGCUCCCAGAUGAACUGAAUGUGCAUUGCAUCCUUUUUAUUUUCUCCUCUUUUGUUUCCGACUGUUUGCACCUUGCUUUACUAAUGCCUCUCUAUCCACCUUUUUUUUCUGUUUUUAAAAAAAGAAUGAGUUUUGCUUUGGCAUGCCAGAAUGAGCCAAGCUACUUUGUGACCUGUGAAAAUCCUAUAUAAAUGGUUAUCUAAUGGAGUUGCUUUUAGAUGUAUUGCUAAUCAGUGUAAAUUCACAAAUAAAACUGUAUUUUAAGAAA